AUGGAAGCAGAAAGCAGUGAGCACCUAUUUUGGCAAUGUGACAAAGCUCGAGAAAUAUGGACAACCUCUAGAAUUCCGAUUGACUCAAGUGGGGUACAUUUCAAUGAAUUCGUUGAUCUCUUAUGGCAUUUAAAGUUUGUGCAGCAUUUUGGUGAUGAAAUCCUAGAAUUAGUCAUCACUAUUGUUUGGAGCAUUUGGUUCAAUCAGAAUCAAGUUUGGCAAGGGAAAGCUGAUCAAUCGGCUAAUAUGAUUAUUCACAAAGCCAGAUCAAUGAUUGAGGAAUUUCAGGUGGCAAACUUUCAGCCUUCAGGAUCAUCUAUGAAAGAAGUGGAACUGUGGAUCAACCCAAAACCUCCAUGGGUGGUGGCUGCAUUAAGCAAGAAGCUUCAUUACUCUUUGGGGCCUUUAGAAGCUGAAGCGAAAGCAAUGGAGGAAGCUGUGGAGUUUGCCUGGGAUGUUGGUAUUCAGGAUGCGCACUUUGAGAGCGACUCACUUGUACUCUCUAAUGCUAUUCAAGGCCUGUGA